UUCGUGGUCCGUGUAUCGCAGAUAUCGGAAAUUUCGAGAACUGCAUAAAUCAAUGAGGAAAUACUAUCAUGAGGUUGGUGGUUUAGAUUUUCCAAACCGCCGGUUUUUCGGUAACAGAGCAGAGGAGUUUGUAAGGGCCCGGAGAGCGCAGCUAGAGACAUAUCUUCAAUCAUUCAUUGGGCUGUGUUCAAAAAUUUCAGACUGCCCCAUAUCAGCCAUGUCAGGCCGGCCCCUCACAAAACGGGACCUGUGCGAUUUCGCGCCAUUUUUCAAACAGGGAAUCUUUGAACAAACAAAGAAUUACACUGGGUAGUCUAACGGGUGGCGAAAGAAGACAGUGGGCUCGUGGUGUGUGGUAGAGAGUAUUGCCUGGUGAUAUGACGUAGCUUACUUCAUGAUCACAUCAUGUUCGUGGUUUAUCCACCGGCCGAUACUUGUCGAAAUAUUCCCGGAUCAGUCACGAGAAUUUGCCGAAAGUAACAUGUCGUUGGGCAUACAUAACGCGUCUCUAUGAAGGGCGGUAAAACCAAAUA